AUGAAGAACAACCAAUCCACCCAGCCGCUGCUUCGAUCAAAACGGCAAAAACCUAAGUUGGCUGCUUUCUUUGUCCGGCUACGUGACUGUUUAUUGUCGUGCGUGGGUUUCUCCCAGAGCUUAGUUCCCAAAGACGUACCACCUGGUCACGUGGCAGUUUAUGCUGGUUCAAACCAUGAGCGGUUUGUGAUCCGAAUUAGCCAUUUAAAUCAUUCUCUGUUCCGCGCUUUGCUGGAAGAGGCCAAGGAUGAAUAUGGGUUUGACACCAACAGGCCACUCACCCUUCCCUGUGAUGGAGAUACUCUUCAGUAUAUAAUCAUUCUUCUUCGCAACCAGAAAGAUCUGUUGUUCCCAGAUUUCAACUUGGACCAACAACAUAUUACAGAUCGCUUAUAG